CCGUCCACUGUCACCUCGGCAGCCAGCAGGAACGAUGGGAAACUGGCUGUCCAGUGUCAACCCAACAUCCGUGAUCUCAGUGCCCGCUCAGAGACUGGGCGACUACAUCCAGGACUACCUGAGACCCUCUGAAGACUGUCAGAAACAGAUCGACUUGGACGUGGACACCAUCUGUGCUGCCCUGCAGGAAACUGAGGAGCUCCCCACGGUGACAAGUGUGGCCAAAGGUGGCCUCUAUGGCCGAAAAACAGUCUUAAGGGGAAAAUCCUACGGUACCCUUAUCAUCUUCACGAGUGACCUUGGACAAUUCCAGGAUCAGACGAAGAAAAGCAAACAUGAAAUCCUCAACAAAAUCUACAGGUGGCUGAAAGCCUCACAGCUUAAAGGGUUGGUAAGAGCCCAGAUGGAGAUCGAGCAGUCCAACAGUGGGCUCAGCAUCCAGCUGUCCUCAGAAUCGCAGACCAUCAUUUUUGCUGUGCUGCCUGCCUUCGAUGCUGUGGGCGUAAGUGAGAAGCCCAGCCCCUGGACCUACCGAGAGCUCAAAAGAACCCUGGAUAAGACAGAAGCCAGCCCGGGCGAGUUCUCAAUCUGCUUCACAAAACUCCAGCAGAAUUUUUUUAACGACCGUCCCAGGAAGCUGAAGGACUUGAUCCUCUUGGUAAUAGACUGGUAUCUACAGUGCCAGAAAAAGAUGAAGGACAUGCCCAAACUGCCCCUGUACGCCCUGGAGCUGCUUACCGUCUAUGCCUGGGAACAGGGAUGUGGGGCAGAAGACUUUGAUCUAGUUGAAGGCAUCAGAACUGUCUUGGGGCUAAUCAUGCGGCACGAGGAGCUAUGUGUCUAUUGGACAGUCAACUACGACUUUGAGGACGUGACCACCCGGAACAUCAUGCUGAACCAGAUCCGAUCCCCAAGGCCAGUAAUCUUGGAUCCAACUAACCCGACCAAUAACGUGAGCCAAGAUAAAACAUGCUGGCUGCUGCUAAAAGAAGAAGCUCAAUUCUGGUUGUCUUCUCCCAGCCUGAGAGACUUACCUGGACCACCUUGGAACGUUCUGCCAACGCCGCUUCACGAGACGCCGGGCCAUCGUCUGGAUGCAUUCAUCAAGUUCUUUCUGCAGCCCAACCAGACUUUCCUAGACCAGAUGAGUAGCGCUGUUGACAUCAUCUGCAGGUUCCUCAGGGAAGAAUGCUUUCAGCGCUCAACUACAAAGGUUCAGAAGUCUGUCAAGGGAGGCUCGACCAGCAAAGGCACCGCUCUCAAGACGGGCUCCGACGCGGACAUCGUCCUGUUCAUUGACUCACUUGAAAGCUACGUCUCCCAGAAAACCAAGAGAAGCCACUUCAUCGGGGAAAUCCGCAAACAGCUCGAAGCCCUUCAGGGGCGAGGAGACCAGAAGUUUAAAGUGAAGUUCGAGAUUUCGAAACGGGACAACCCCAGGGUGCUGAGCUUCUCUCUCAAAUCCAAAGACCUCAGCGACAGUGUUGACUUUGACGUGCUGCCGGCAUAUGACGCGCUAGGUCAAGUGCGAGCUGGCUUUAGACCCAGCCCCAGCGUCUACACUGAGCUCAUCUCCCUGUAUAAAAGCUCCAACUUCACGGGGGGAGAAUUUUCUACCUGUUUUACGGAGCUGCAGCGUAACUUCGUUAUAUCUCGGCCCACGAAACUGAAGGAUUUAAUUCGCCUGAUAAAGCACUGGUACAAACAGUGUGAAAGGAAACUGAAGAAAAAGGGGUCUCUGCCCCCCAAGUACGCCCUGGAGCUGCUCACCGUCCACGCCUGGGAGCACGGCAGUGGAGUGGAGGAUUUUGACACCGCUGAAGGUUUCCGGACGGUCCUGGAGUUGGUCACCCGGUAUCAGCAGCUCUGUAUCUUCUGGACGGUCAAUUACGACUUUGAGGAUAAGACCAUGAAGAGAUUCCUGCUGACCCAGAUCCAGAGAACCAGGCCUGUGAUCUUGGACCCAGCCGAUCCUACUGGCGACGUGGGUGGAGGGCAGCGUUGGUGCUGGCAUUUUCUAGCACAAGAAGCCACCGAAUGGCUGUCCUUCUCUAUGUGCUUCAGAGAUGGAACUGGAGCUGCCAUACCACCGUGGAACGUGCCCACGGAACAGACGCCAGAAAGCUGUGGGGCCAAUACACACCCUAAUGUCAGUGAAAUAUUCUCAUCCGCGAGUCGUGGGAUCCGAGACUGAAAAUGC